AUGGCGUCAAAGGUCGCGGCCCCGGUGCAGGCGGCCGGCAGCAGCGCGCGCGCCCAGCCGGCGCUGGCGAUGCGCCCACAAGUUGCAAUGGUAGUGCGCAGGAUCGGGGCCGCCGCCCCGCGUGCACCCCUGUUCCCCAAGCGUGCGGAGGGCCUGGUGGCGCGGUUCCUGCCAAAGGAGAAGGGGGAUGGCGGCGCCAUGAGCACCGAGGAGGAGGAGGCCGCGGCGCCACCCCAGAUCGCCGCGGCAGCCGCCGCCGCAGCGCCGCAGCCGCAGCCCGAGGCUGCGGCGGAGGCCUACGCCCCCGAGUUUGUGCGCCGCCGCAUGCUGGUGUUUCUCGGCAUCGUGGUCGGCUACACCACCUUCUACCUCACGCGGGGCGCCCUGACCUACAGCGCCCCCCUGCUGCUGGCAGAUAAGUCGCUGGGCCUCACCCUCACAGACAUUGGCGCGAUGACCUCGAUCUUCCCCAUGGCGUACGGCGUCUCCAAGUUUGUGUCGGGCGUUGUGGCCGCCAGCGUCAGCAGCCGCCUGCUGCUGGGCCUGGGCCUGGCUGCCACCGCGGCCGUGUGCCUGGCGUUCGGUGCCAGCAGCUCUUUGCCGCUGUUUGUGGCGCUGUGGGGCUUCAACGGCAUGCUGCAGGGCGUGGGCGCGCCCUCCUGCGCCUCCAUCCUCACGCGCUGGUUCGCCUCCAAGGAGCGCGGCACCUACUGGGGCAUGUGGAACAUCGCCCACAACCUGGGCGGCUUCUUGGCCCCCGUCAUUGUCGGCGGCUGCGCCAAGGCCUUUGGCUGGCGCUUUGGCAUGUGGGCUCCUGGCGCCAUCGGCCUGGCGGUGGCGUUCUUCGUGCUGGGGGCCGUGCGCGACCGCCCUACAGACGUGGGCUUCCCGCCAGUCGACGCUGACGUGGCGCCCAAGAAGCCGCCGGCCCCUCAGCCCGCGGCCGCGCCCGCCCAGGCCGCCGGCGCCGCCGCCAAGCCCAAGGCGCAGGCGUCCAACGGCGACGGCAUGAUGGACGCGCUGCGCAGCGUGCUAAAGAUGCCCGCCAUCUGGGCGCUGGCGUUCACCUACUUCUUUGUGUACGUGGUGCGCCAGGGCGUGACCAGCUGGCUGGUGUUCUACCUGAUGGCAGAGAAGGGCGCGGCGGACGCAGGGGCGGCCGCGCUGACCGUGUCAGGCCUGGAGCUGGGUGGCCUGGCGGGCUCCACCGUGGCGGGCCUGCUGAGUGACGUGGCCAUCCGCCGCGCCACCGCAAACGGCGGUGCGGGCGGCAACGUGGGGCGCCGCAUCAAGGUGGUGAUGCUGUACACCGCCGGCAUGGCGGUCAUGCUGCUCGCGCUGCAGGCGGUGCCGGCGUCCGCCAAGGCGCUGCAGUGGCUGGUCAUCGCCGGCCUGGGUUUCACCAUCUACGGCCCGCAGAUGCUCAUCGGUCUGAGUGGUGCGGAGCUGGUGGCGCCGGCGGCAGUGGGCGCGUCUCAGGGCAUCCUGGGCUGGAUCGGUGCCGCCAAUGCGGGCAUCCCCCUGUCCUUCAUCGUCCAGAGGGCGGGCUGGGGCGGCUUCUUCACCACACUGCUGGGCGCCUGCUGCGUUGCCAUGGUGCUGCUCUCCACCGUCGCCAACGCGCCCAGCUACCUGCAGCGCCGUGCGCGCGAGGACGGCCCCGGCAAGCUGGCCACCGCUUGA